AUGAAGUUCUCGAUCCUGUCCAGCCUCGUCGCCAACGCCCUGUCCGUGUCGGCGGGCACCGUCAUCUGGGAUGGCCGCUUCAACGACCUCAGCUCCUCGACCGACCUGAACAACUGGUCGUGGGGGAACCAGGUCGGCCCGUACCAGUACUACAUCCACGGCUCGUCCCCGGUGACUUCGUACGUCAACCUGUCGCCCGACUUCAAGAACCCGGCCGACUCGGGCUCCAAGCAGGGCGCCAAGAUCACGCUCGACAACACGGCCUACUGGAACGGCCAGAACAUGCGCCGCACCGAGUUGAUCCCCCAGACGACGGCGGCCAUCAACCAGGGCAAGCUGUACUACCACUUCUCGCUGAUGCGCAAGGACACCAACGCCCCAGCCACCACGCGCGAGCACCAGAUCGCCUUCUUCGAGAGCCACUUCACCGAGCUCAAGGCCGGCUGGCUGUCGGGCGCUCCCGGCAUCUCGGACACGCUGCUGCGGUGGUGCGUCGGCGGGCAGACCCAGUGGAGCACCGAGUGGGAGGCCGACGUGUGGCACAACGUCGCCUACGAGAUCGACUUCAGCGCCAACACGGUCGCCUUCUGGCACUCGACCGGCAGCGACGCCCUGACCCAGAAGAUCGCCCCCGUCAGCACGAGCACCAGCAGCAACGGCGCCGACUGGCACGUUGGUGUACUUGAGCUCCCGCGCUCCGGGUACCCGGAUAACGAUGAGGACUACUACUGGUCUGGUGUUUAUAUCGAGAGCGGCAGCCUAACCACCAAUGUUGCCGGCCCUGGCGCCCCUUCCGGUGGUGAGGGCAGCAGCAGCAGCAGCGUUGUUAGCAGCAGCACUACGAAGGCCCCCGUCUCGUCCUCGACCACCCUUGUUACCUCGACCACCAAGGUCUCCUCGACGACCACCACUCCGGCACCGGCCACUUCGACCACGGCGGGCGCUGGUGGCUGCACCGCCGCGCAGUGGUCGCAAUGCGGCGGCAACGGCUACAGCGGCUGCACGGUGUGCGCCUCGCCGUACAAGUGCAAUGUUGUUAACGACUGGUACUCCCAAUGCCUGUAA